GGACAUGUUCUAUUAAUGGACAGUAUUUUUUGUCACGAGAUUUUAAACAACAAUUUCCUAUAAAAUAAAUUCUCAUUAGCGGACGCUCUGUCGGACGGACAAGGACAAAAAUUUUCAACCCCAAAACGCGCAAAAUUCCCCAACAACGGACACGGAUCUCCAAAAGCGGACAAAAAUAACCGUUACGUUACUCCAGGAAAAAAAUCACGCCACUUUAGUAUCCACGUAUGUAUUGUUUUAGUACCGUCUUGUAAUUGAAGCAGAUGACAUGGCGCCCGUUAGAAACUUUUUAACGCUGAGGCAAAAAAUUGAGGUUGUAAAUAUUGCAGAACAGGAAAGUUUAAAUGUCCGUAAACUGGGAGAAAGGUUUAAUAUAAGUAAAAGUCAAGCGGCGGAGAUUGUAAAAAAUAAAGAAAUUAUUCGAAGACAAUGGCAAUCGGGGGAAAAUUUAGAUCAGAAAUCGGCAAAAUUAAAAGGUGAAGCUGCCCAAAUAGACCGAGUUUGUUUUGAGUGGUUUGCCCGCGCAAGAAAUCAAAAAAUUCCCAUCUCAGGGCCCCUAAUAAAAACGAAGGCGAAAGAAGUAGCAAUUGAAUUGGGGCUUCGCAAUUUCAGCGCAUCUGAUGGUUGGCUGAAUAAGUGCAGAAGAAGGCAUAAUAUAAGCUUUAAGUGCAUCUCAGGGGAGUCGGCAGAUGUAAACCAGGAAGAUGUAAAUCUGUUCUUAGAGAGGCUACCAGGAAUGUUGCUAGGAUAUAGGCCAGAGGACAUCUAUAACGCAGAUGCUCUCAUCUGCGUUUUAUUUUUUAGAGCUUUGCCAGAUAAAACUUUAAUGUUUAAAGGUGAGAAGUGCACAGGGGGCAAAAUGUUAAAAGAACGAUUAACAAUACUAUUUUGCGCCAAUAUGGCUGGUGACAAAGAAAAGCUUCAAUCGAUAAAAGAAUGGGUUGUCGAAAACGAAAAAUUUUACUUUUUCUUGAUAAUGCCGGUUCACACCCAAGAGAACUUAACUUUAAAAAUAUUAAAAUACUUUUUUUACCUCCCAACACAACUUCUGUAUGUCAGCCCAUGGACCAAGGUAUAAUACAAAAUUUUAAAUUAUUUUAUAGAAGCCAGAUUUUAAAGCACAUCCUAUCAAAAAUGAUGG